AUGUCACCAAAACCCGGCAGUGUGGGGAAGGGGGAGGCGAUAACGAAUAAAGAGCGCCGGAGGAUUUUGCGCACGGCGCCGUGUGCAAGCGUCGUGCGCUAUUCCGCCUAUUUAAUCGCAGAGGAUCCGCCGAUGAUGGCUCCUGCAAGUGCAACUCGUCCUGCGGUUGCACCAAGUGCUCCUGCUGCGGCGGCGGUUCCAAGUGAAAGGGCCACCUGCAAUCAACCACCAGGCGCCAAUGGCUGGCGCCGAGAUUGCAAGAGGAGGUGA